AUGAGGAGGCGAUCAUACAAGAGAGAGUUAGGAUGCAUAGCCUGCAAAGAAUUGGGCGAACUCGGAGCCGGAAAACCCGGUUGGGUGGUCGACAACCCCAACCUUCUCUCCGCCAUCGACACACACUCCAUCCUCCUCGCCAACCGCUCCACCAUCCUCCUCCUCUCAUGGUCCGAUUCCCACCAAUCUCCACUCAGGAUCCGACCCGAAUUGUCCCCCAUCGAUGCCGAAUUCAUCUCCGCCGUCGAAUGGUUGGCCUUUGACGACAUCCGCGUCAUCGUCGCUGGUACUUCCUCUGGCUAUCUGCUCAUUUACUCCCUCCGCGCCGAAUUGAUUCAUAGGCAGAUGAUUUAUCCUGGACGAGUUUUGAAGUUAAGAGUUCGUGGAACAAAGAAAGACCUGAUUCAAGAUAGUUCCUCUGAAGAGUUUUGUCUCAUCAUGCCUGGUGUGAUUGCUCGUUUUGAUGGAUCCGUUGUUCAGAAUAUGCUGCAGAAGUGGUUUGAAGAAGCCUAUCCUCAAUUUCGGAAUCAAAAGCAAAAGAAUCAAGAUUCAGAGGAUUCUGAAAACUCUCAAGUAAAAUUACCUUUCCAGUUGUGGAAUAUUGGUAAGUAUGGUACUUGCGCUGAUGCAGCCGUUACUGGCAUAAUGCCUCCACCUCUGAUGGAAUAUCAGUCGAGUCAACGUUAUUAUUGUGCAGUGGCUGUUGGAGACGAUGCUGUGAUUUCAGCUUAUAGACUUUCCGAGGACAAAGGCAGGUCUUUAGUGGGAGCUAUCUUGUCUAAAGUUGUACCUGCAACAUUUUCCACUAUAGCUUCAUUUUCUAAAUUGAUUUGGCGGAGUGAAAAUACUUCUCCACAGAAAUCGCCAAAGAAAUCAGAGGAGAAGCCUCAGCCAUUUGCUCGAGCUUCACCCCUGACAUGUAUAAAGGAUCAUCCUAGGAAAGGUGAGAAGCUUACCUUAUCACCAAGUGGUACAUUGGCUGCUAUAACCGAUUCACUCGGUCGCAUAAUGCUGCUAGAUACUCAAGCACUUGUGGUGGUGCGCCUUUGGAAGGGAUAUAGGGACGCCAGCUGUUUAUUCAUGGAGAUGUUGGUAAAUAAAGAUACAGCCUCAUCAAGCUCCACUUAUUAUGAACCAAUGAAGAGUGAUUACUGCUUGUGUUUGGCUAUUCAUGCUCCCAGAAAAGGAAUUAUUGAGAUAUGGCAAAUGAGAACUGGACCACGUCUUAGAACAAUUACAUGUGCAAAAGGUAGCAAAAUGUUGCAACCCUCCUAUAGGUUUGGUGCAUCAAUGUCGUCUCCUUAUGUCCCUCUAGAAGUUUUCUUGUUAAAUGGGGACUCUGGUCAGAUAUCAGUUUUAAAUCGGAACUUGUAG